GCACGCAAAUGUGCGCUUGCUGCUUCACUGCCUGCUCAUCUGGCGAGACUUUGCAAAAGCUGAAAAAGCUGAGAAGCAAGCAGAUAUGCAACGCUUGCUACUCCACUGUUUGAUCGCCUGGCGAGACUUUGCAAAAGCUGAAAAAGCUGAGAAGCGACUUGGCAAUACCCUUCCUGUGAUAUGCCAGAGACUGUUUUGCCAAGCGUUCGUUUUGUCGAGGGUCGUGAAGGGAGAGAAGCUGACAGAAGCUCCGCCCCAGCCGCCUUUGGAGACAGAAGUUGAGGAGACGCCGCCAGAGGACAGUCCGCUGACCACUGCCGUUGCAGAGACGUCCUCAACAUGGCCAGAGACGGUCGAAAAAGUGGAGGAGAUCAAGGGAAAGAAAAGAGAAGAGACGGAGGUUUCAUCCAAGGAGGAGGAACACCUGCUGAGCUUGCGGAACUUGCUUCCGUACUGGCAAGCUUGGCGCGACUUCGCUCAGGCAGAAAAGACUGCUCGGCAUGCAGCUUUGCAGACGUUGCUCCGUGAUUCGUUUUGCGGAUGGCACGACUUGGCAGCGACGGAGAAGGCUGCGAGGCAUGCGAAUGUGCGCUUGCUGCUGCACAGUUUGGACACCUGGCGAGACUUUGCAAAAGGUGAAAAAGCUGAGAAGUAUGCAAAUGUGCGCUUGUUGCUUCACUGCCUGCAUGCCUGGCGAGACUUUGCAAAAGCUGAAAAAGCUGAGAGGCA